AAUGGAGAGUGACUGAUUGGAAGGGGUCAUCAGCGGUUCACCGUGGUGGGCGGUGGAACAAGACGCUAAUUUUCAAACCCCCCUGAAAAAGUAGGCCAAGAUAGAAGAAGAAAUGCUUCCACUUUUGCUCAUCAUUCGACCGCGACAAAGUGCACCGUGUGCACGGUGCAUCUGCAAAAGGUGUGAAAACCAGAGGUGCUUUUCCUGUUCCGCGCUCCUUCAGCCGCUCGCCUGCCGCUGCUGCUCACACGUUGGAAGGCAGCGACAUGGACAGGGAGGGGAUGCUGGUCCGCUCCAUCUACUACGGGCGAAUAGGGAGCGACGCCACGGAGAGGCUGCUGGAGAGAUUUGGACACGACGGCAGCUUCCUGCUGAGAGACAGCGAGACCGUGGAGGGGGCGUACUGCCUGUGUGUGAGGAAAGCGCCGUUCGUACACACAUACAGGCUGAUCCGCUCGACCGAGGGCUGGUUCCUCCAGGACCCGGGGGUCAGAAUGCAGAGUUUUGGGACUCUUGAAAGACUGAUAGAGAAUUACAGGCGGAGUUGCGGCUCUGAUGUCGGCGUAGCCCCCCUCACACAACCGCUGGACAAAACGCAGCUGCAAUACAGCAGCUUUGGACGAGAGUUUUUGUACAUGGAAAUGUGAAUCCGCAGCAGCUCAGUCGCCCAUCAUCAGUCGGAAUAACAAGAUGGCGGAAACCAGCAUUUGGUGGGAAAGAAAAGGCUCUUUGCACUGGUCACAUGUCUCUUCCUCCUCAGUGUCAGUCAGAAAUAUAUAUUAUAUAUAGAUAUAAUUAUGCUCACAUUGUUACAAUGUCAGGCCACUUUGCACAAAGUACUCAACGUUGUUUCUCAACGCGUGUGGGAACAAAACCAACAGAUGCAAACAUAUCGCACACAAUCUCUCUUCUGUGGUGUUUUGUGUCAUGUGAGAAGAUAUUCUUUGUUUUUCGUCUGCUCGGGAGGCGAGUACAGUGAUUCAUGUGAUGCGUGCGGUUUGUCGUGGAUCUCAUCUGUUUGAAGCCACUAGCAGAACAACACAGGAAAUGUAGAAAUGCCGGAAAGGCGGGUCACAAACCAUCAGCUCAUCCUGAGACUUCAUUCGUUCAACGGCAGGUUCUCCUCAGUCCUGCUCGCCACCCGGCCUUCAUUUACAGGCCGUGUUGAGUGUUUAGUGCUUUGAGUCCUCGGCCACUAUUCCAGCCUACGUCUGACAAUACAAAUAAACGUUGAUGUUUCUCUCUGA